UUUAAUGGAAGAAACUAAUAGUCGAACACAAAAACAACAAAUACAAAAGCAAUUGUCACCUACUCAUUCUGGAAGUGGUGGUCUACGUGGUGGAGGAAUAAGGCCAAGACUUUCGAUUCGAGAUGAAACAUUGGUCAAUUUUGGCAAAAAAUUGGAAAGUCGUAUAGGCCCAAUUUCGCUUUUUUGUCUGGUUACAAUAGCUACUGUAUUAAUAAUAAACACAAUUUAUCAUGAAUCUGCAAAUGGAACAUUAGUUGAAUUAAUAGAAGGAAUUCUAAAAGAAAUAUUAGAAUUACAGUUUGUGGGAAUUGAAAGUUCUACUACUACUACAACUAGUUUUAUAAAAACAACAGUAAUUGCAGAAACUGGCACGUUAUCUACUGAAGGAAAUGAAUCAAUUUCUAAAGGUAAGGUUUGUAUGAAACACGUGUUUCACUUAAGCUUUGAUUUGCCUGAUUUUCAGAUUUUCCAUUAUAUCGGAAAAAUUUUUUUAGUUUCGCGUUUUUUGAACUUUCGCUUGUUAAAUUUACUUUCGCCUUUAAAAUCUGUUUCAGCAAACCAAAGACGUAUACCUAAUUUAUUGCCAAACCUUUUAGAAACUUCCCCAACAACAAAAUCAACGGCAGAUAGUCUUCGCCCAAUUGUUUUAAGAAGAACAGAGCAAAUAUCCGAAUUGAAUUUAUAUAAAGAAAGGUUCCACGAAACUGAUCAAAAAAUUAUUUUAAUUAUUCUCAUUUGUAUUUUGGGAAUUCUUUUGAGUAUUGCUGGAAUAAUUAUUUGCCGUCGACGUGGUGGCAUACAAGCAAGUAAAAGCAGUAGAAUUGCAUACGGGAUGAUUUUAGCUGCUAUAUGCCUUUUAUUAAUUAUUCAACUCUUUAUGUUUAUUAUUACUCUAUUACCAAACGCCUUUGCAUUUCAUUCAUUAGUAGACAAGCUUUUGGAUUUUUACUUAACUUCAGAAGUUCCAGAAGACAAAAGAAAAGCACUUUCCGAUCCAAUUGAAAAUAAUUUUGGAUGUAAAUUAAAAGUAGAACAUCAAUUACUCGAACAAAUGGGAAUACAGGAACCAUGUGCACCAAAGAUCAAGGACCGACUUUUAGCUCCUUAUAUUGUUUUAUUUCUUAUUCUAAUUGCUUUAUCACCAUUCCUUUAUAUAAUAUUUAUCAUUGUUUGGCUGAAAAAACUAAAAAAUGUAAAACCAAUUUUGAAUGCUAGACAAAAAGUGGCAGCUAGUAAUGAAGCUAGAAUGAGAAGAUUUAAAGAAAAAAUUGAAAAUAUUUAA